AUGGAGUGCGCCCUCCUGCUCGCGUGCGCCCUCCCCGCCGCCGGCGCGGGCCCGCCGUGGGCUCCGGCGGGACUGGGGCGCGUGGCCAAGGCGCUCCAGCUGUGCUGCCUCUGCUGUGCCUCGGUCGCCGCAGCCCUAGCCAGUGACAGCCACGGCGGCGGCAGCGGAUUGAAUGACGAUUACGUGUUUGUCACACCGGUAGAAGUGGACGCGGGCGGGUCCUAUAUUUCCCACGACAUUUUGCACAGCGGCAGGAGAAAGCGGUCAGCGCAGAGUGCCAGCAGCUCCCUGCAUUACCAAUUUUCAGCAUUUGGACAGGAGCUCCACUUAGAGCUGAAGCCCUCGGCGAUUUUGAGCAGUCACUUUAUUGUCCAGGUACUUGGAAAAGAUGGUGCUUCAGAGCCUCGGGGACCCAGGGUGCAGCGAUGUUUCUAUCAGGGAUUUAUCAGAAAUGACAACUCCUCCUCCGUGGCCGUGUCUACUUGUGCCGGCUUGUCAGGUCUAAUAAGGACACGAAAAAAUGAAUUCCUCAUCUCGCCAUUACCUCAGCUGCUGGCCCAGGAACACAACUACAGCUCACCUGCAGGCCACCAUCCUCAUGUACUGUACAAAAGGACCGCCGAGGAGACGGUCCAGCGUUACCAUGGCUACCCAGGCUCCAGCCAGAUUUAUCCUGGUCAUACCCUCAGUCACACUCCCCACACGGACCGGAGUCAAGAAAGAGAGCAUCACCAUCGAAGGUCGCAGAAGCAGCAUUUUUGUGGACGACGCAAGAAAUAUGCCCCCAAGCCUCCCACAGGGGACACCUAUCUCAGGUUUGAUGAAUAUGGGAGCACAGGGAGACCCAGAAGAUCAGCUGGGAAGUCACAAAAGGGCCUAAAUGUGGAAACCCUUGUGGUAGCAGACAAGAAAAUGGUGGAGAAGCACGGCAAGGCGAACGUCACCACGUACAUCCUCACAGUCAUGAACAUGGUUUCCAGCCUGUUUAAAGACGGGACCAUUGGAAGUGAUAUAAACAUUGUUGUGGUGAGCCUCAUUCUUCUGGAACAAGAACCUGGAGGAUUAUUGAUCAACCAUCAUGCAGACCAGUCUUUGAAUAGUUUUUGUCAGUGGCAGUCUGCCCUCAUUGGAAAGAAUGGCAAGAGGCAUGACCAUGCCAUCUUACUCACGGGAUUUGACAUUUGUUCCUGGAAGAAUGAACCAUGUGACACUUUAGGGUUCGCCCCCAUCAGUGGAAUGUGCAGUAAGUACCGAAGUUGUACCAUCAAUGAGGACACGGGGCUUGGCCUGGCCUUCACCAUCGCUCAUGAGUCAGGGCACAACUUCGGCAUGGUUCACGAUGGAGAAGGCAACCCCUGCAGGAAGGCUGAAGGCAAUAUCAUGUCUCCCACCCUGACUGGAAACAAUGGGGUAUUUUCAUGGUCUUCAUGCAGCCGGCAAUAUCUCAAGAAAUUCCUUAGCACACCUCAGGCUGGGUGUCUGGUGGAUGAGCCCAAGCAAACAGGACAGUAUAAAUAUCCGGACAAACUCCCAGGACAGAUUUAUGAUGCCGACACACAGUGCAAGUGGCAAUUUGGAGCAAAAGCCAAGUUAUGCAGCCUCGGCUUUGUGAAGGACAUUUGCAAGUCACUUUGGUGCCAUCGCGUGGGCCACAGGUGUGAGACGAAGUUUAUGCCUGCAGCGGAAGGGACCGUUUGUGGCUCGAGUAUGUGGUGUCGCCAAGGCCAGUGUGUGAAGCUCGGGGAGCACGGCCCCCGGCCCAUCCACGGCCAGUGGUCCUCCUGGUCCAAGUGGUCAGACUGCUCCCGGACGUGCGGCGGAGGAGUCAGGUACCAGGAGAGACACUGCAACAACCCCAAGCCUCAGUAUGGUGGCAAGUUCUGUCCAGGCUCUGGCCGCAUUUAUCAGCUGUGCAACAUUAACCCUUGCCAUGAGAAUAGCUUGGAUUUUCGAGCCCAGCAGUGUGCAGAAUAUAACAGCAAACCUUUCCGGGGAUGGUUCUACCAGUGGAAACCCUAUACAAAAGUGCAAGAGGAAGACCGGUGUAGACUGUACUGCAAGGCUGAGAACUUUGAGUUUUUUUUCGCAAUGUCCAGCAAGGUGAAAGACGGAACUCCUUGCUCCUCAAACAAAAAUGAUGUUUGUAUUGAUGGGAUCUGUGAACCAGUGGGAUGCGAUCAUGAACUUGGCUCUAAAGCAGUUUCUGAUGCCUGUGGUGUUUGCAAAGGUGAUAAUUCGACCUGCAAGUUUUAUAAAGGCCUGUACCUCAACCAGCAUAAAGCAAACGAAUAUUACCCGGUGGUCGUCAUCCCCGCGGGAGCCCGAAGCAUCGAAGUCCAGGAGCUGCAGAUGUCCUCCAGUUACCUCGCCGUCCGGAGCCUCCAUCAGAAGUACUACCUGACGGGGAGCUGGAGCAUCGACUGGCCCGGGGAGUUCCUCUUCUCCGGGACCGUGUUUGAGUACCAGCGCCCCUUCAACCGCCCAGAACGUCUGUACGCGCCAGGACCCACGAAUGAGACGCUGGUCUUUGAAGUUCUGAUGCAAGGCAAAAACCCGGGCAUAGCCUGGAAGUACGCGCUUCCCAAGGCCACCAAUGGAACUCAGCCCAUCGGCAAGAGGCCCACCCACGCCUGGAGCACGCUGCAGACCCCGUGCUCCGCCUCCUGCGGUGGAGGUUACAUAAGUGUAAAGGCCAUUUGCUUACGAGAUCAAAAUACUCAAGUCAAUUCCUCAUUCUGCAAUGCAAGGACCAAGCCAGCAACUGAACCCAAAGUAUGCAAUGCGUUCUCCUGCCCUGCCUACUGGAAGCCAGGCGACUGGAGCGUGUGCAGCAAGCCAUGCGCGGGGGGCCAGCAGAGCCGGAAAAUCCAGUGUGUGCAGAAGAAGCCCUUCCAGAAGGAGGCGGCGGUGGUGCACUCCCUCUGCCCCGUGAGCACACCCACUCAGGUCCAGGUUUGCAACAGCCACGCCUGCCCCCCAGAGUGGAGCCUCGGGCCCUGGUCUCAGUGUUCCAAGACCUGUGGGCGCGGGGUGAGGAAGCGGGCAGUGCUGUGCAAAAGCGCCUCCAGGGCCGAGGGCCUCCCCGAGAGCCUGUGCGCCGGUGUCCCCAGACCAGAGUCGCAGGAGGGCUGUGUCCUGGGGCGAUGCCCCAAAAACACCCGGCUACAGUGGGCCGUCUCCUCGUGGAGCGAGUGCUCGGCCACCUGCGGGCCGGGGGUGAGGAAGAGGGAAAUGAAGUGCAGCGAGAAGGCCUUCCAGGGGAAGCUGAUAACCUUCCCGGAGCGAAGGUGCCGCCACAUUAAGAAACCCAACCUGGACUUGGAGGAAGCCUGCGGCCGAGGGGCCUGCCCAGCGCGGCCCGUGUACAAUGCGGCAGCUGGAUGGUAUUCAUCGCCAUGGCAGCAGUGCACGGUGACCUGUGGGGGAGGGGUCCAGACCCGAUCGGUCCACUGUGUGCAGCAGGGCCGGCCUUCCUCAAGCUGCCUGCUCCGACAGAAACCUCCGGGGACACGCGCCUGUAAUAUGAACUUCUGCCCAGCUCCUGAAAAGAGAGAGGAUCCAUCCUGUAUCGAUUUCUUCAACUGGUGUCAUCUAGUUCCUCAACACGGUGUCUGCAACCACAAAUUUUAUGGCAAACAGUGCUGUAAGUCAUGCACAAGGAAGAGCUGAUGCCCUCCCCAGCACC